CCCAGUCCCAGACACAACCAGCGAGACGUCAACAACAGAGAGCUGGUUACUGAUGCUGGUGAAUUGUGAGAGUAAUUACAUUGUAACGACGCGUGUUCAAGGUUAUUACUUUGUAUCAACUACGUUCGAUUUACAUCAAGAUGUUUGGCUUUCACAAGCCGAAGAUGUACCGGAGUUUAGACGGAUGUUGCAUCUGCCGCGCUAAGUCCUCCAGCUCGCGCUUCACGGAUAGCAAGCGUUACGAGAAGGACUUCACGAGCUGUUUCGGAUUGUGUGAAACUCGGUCUGGUGAAAUCUGCAACGCCUGUGUACUCCUUGUGAAACGAUGGAAGAAACUCCCAGUGGGGUCUAAGAAAAGCUGGAAUCAUGUGGUUGAUGCCCGAGGAGGCCCCAGCCUAAAGAUGUCUUCCAGGCCAAAGAAGCUGAAGUCCCUCUCCAAGAGAGCCAGGCCAAGCCAGAUCAGCCGACUGCAGAAAGAGCUGAAGAGAAACAACUCUGAUGCCCACAGCACCACGUCCAGUGCCUCGCCGGCCCAGUCUCCCAGCUACAGCAACCCCUCAGAUGAGGGCACCGACACAGAACUCUCCCCUGGCUCCAGCCGUUCCCCUGUCUUCUCCUUCCUGGACCUCACUUACUGGAAGAGGCAGAGGGUGUGUUGUGGGAUCAUCUACAAGGGCCGGUUUGGGGAGGUGCUCAUCGACCCCCACCUCUUCAAGCCCUGCUGCCGCAAGAAACGGCAGCGGCAGGAGCUGGAGGUGGAGGAGGAGGAGGAAGGGUACGAGGAAGAAGAGGUGGAGGUGGUAGAAGUGACGGAGGAGGAAGAGGAGGUGAAGAGGUCAAACAGCCAGAAGAGCUUAGAGACUCCUCAGCUACAGGUCACCAUGACAACACCUCAGACCGUAGAGGAGGGGGAGGAGGUUGAGGAGGGAGACUGGUGACGCUGCACCACAGUGUGUGCAUCUUUGAGGAAGCCUUGGGAGUGCUCCUGGUUUACAAGCGCUUACAAAAAUGAGUUAGGUCGGAUUUCCUUCAGUCAACGAGCAGCUGAAACCCAUUUUUACUUUUUUUUAACAGUCAUUUUGUUAAUUUGGUAACUUGUGGAAUGACUGAGCCAUCAGGUCUUGUACUUGGUAUUCUCCUUGUCCUGGGUUCAUGUUCAUUAGGCCGGUUAUGCAACGGAAAAUGAGCUUUUCUUAUUGGGCAAGUUAUGUAGUACCUACGUGUUGCAAUCUAUUUUCUUCUGUUAGGUUCCUAAUGAAUAUGACCCAAAUGUUCGAACACCUUUCUUGGUGUGUUUUUCUCCUUGACAUGAAAUGCUGUAGCUCUGACUGAUCACCAGCAUACCUUUUACAGGUUACAGUCGUACAGUAGCACUUGUAUUAUACUGAAACACAUUUGCAUUUAUACCAUUUUUUUAUUGAUUCUUUAUAUGGGCCUGUAUAUAUUUAUAUAUAGGCCUCGAUUGAGAAAGGCCUAUUCACAGCACCAACAGCCAAUACACCAGCCUUAAUUUAGUGAGGGAAGGCAGCGCCAGUGUUUUGUCAGUGUUGGUACUAAGGGAGGAUAUUAAAGGGACAUUUCAAAAAGGUUCAACUUGAUAUUUAUUAUCUCCAGCAUCACCCCAACAUCAACAUAUUUUAAAACGGCAGUUAUCUAUGUUUUGUAGUCUAAAGGAUGCACACCAGAUGACGUAAAAGAAAAUGGAUUCCGGAUGAAAAACGUUUUACAUCGUGAUUUUUUUUAAACCAACUAUGAGCAGGCAAAGGUUAGGAAACUAACUACCUGAUCAUGUCAAAAGUGUUUCUGGAUUAUGUCAUCAGAAACCCUUUUCUUACUCUGCCUCUAUCUUUAUGACUACACAACAUCGAAGUGCGCUUUUUUCGCAUUUGUUGAGGUGGCGCUGGAGAUGAUGAAUAUGAAGUUGAAAAUUGUGCAAUGUCCCUUUUUGAGACAUAAUAGUUAGUGCAAGUUUGUGAGUUUUCUCCUGCUUAUUAUAUGUUAAUGGAGGCCUUAGGCUUUCAAAAUGAAGAGAAGCAACACAUUAGUGAGUUUUGCAUGAAUGCCGAAGAAAAUAACCCCUCUCAUCCAAAAUAUCUGUAAAUCAGAUGCAUAAGUCUAAUAAGCUAUUGCAUGGCCUUAAAAGCAUAACUACAAUUUUUGUGGAAGUCUUGUUCGUAUUAUCCAGACCUAAUGCCCCGAAGUCACAAAGUAUUGUUUUAUUUAAAAGGGGGGGAAAUUUCACUAAAUUGUCUCAUCUGCUGUAUUAUACACCAGCAAAUACAAUAGUGACCAGUUCAGAUCAUGAUGUAUUCCUUCUAGAGUUCUAGAGGCUGGAAAACUUUUAUACUUUAGUUUUUCUUACUGUCAGUAAGGGGACAGGAUGAUGUAAUUAACACAGACACACACGUUUUGUUCUUCUAUCCUCGUGGGGACCUAACAUUUUUUUCCAUUACAAAUCCAAUUUAUCUUAACCCUUACCGUAACCCUAAACCUAACCCCUUACCAUAACUCUAAUUGUAACCCUAACCUAACCCCUGAAUUUAAAAUAGCCUUUGUCUUCAUGGGGAUGUGGAAAAUGUACCCACGAUGGAGAAUUUCUGUUCUUUUACUAUCCUUUUGGGGAUUUUCAAUCCCCACAAGUAUAGAAGAACCAACUCACAUACAUACAUACAUACAAACAGUGUAUCUACCGCAACAUCCUAGACUUACAAUGUAAUGUAUACCAUUUAGCAGACACUUUUAUCCAAAACGACUUAGUAAUGCAUGCAUACAUUUCAUGUAUGGGUGGCCUCGGAAAUCAAACCCUCUAAGUGUUUUCUCUACAUGAGCACAACAUUCUAAAUCUGCACCCCUGUUGUCAAUAACAGUGUAUUGUUUUUUGAUUGUUUUGAGGAAAUGGUUUACAUAUCAUAGUGUGUUUUUUUUUUUUAUAUAUAUAUAUAUGAUUCCUCAUUCCUUGGUUAGUUAAGCAACCACGAUAUACUGGCAUACAUAUAUCAAACAACCAAAGCACAAUUCAAUUCAUUCAAUUUGAAAUGCAAAACUGAUCAUUUCAAUUUAUUUUGCAGGCUAUUAGUGGCAUAAAAAGGACACUAAAAUCUGUUUGUUUUUAAUGAGCCAUAACAUAGGGAGGAUUGUAUGUAUGUGUACAUAUUUAAAUGGAGGGUGACGGCUUUCUAGUUCAGUUUUUCUGUUAUUUAUUUAAUAUUUAUUUCUAUUACAGCAUUUUCCCCAUAUUACUGUAUUCUGAGUCUGGUUUCUCACUGUAAUAACUUAAAGAUGUUUUAUUCAAAGUUUGGUAGUUCUGUCAUAUGAUUAGCUUUAAUGUAGCUCUUAAGCAAGCAGUGUUCUAGUCAGAAAUUCACAACUUAUAACAGUAUUUGUGAAAUAUUGGGAUCAAUACUUUUUUUUAUCAACAUUAUCGUGUAGUAAUUUAUUAUGUUAUAAACAAACAUUUGAUUGGACCUGUA